GCGCUCGGGGGGCCGGGCUCUGAUCCCCACUCAACCCUCCCUCCCUCCGCCUCCCGGGCCGGGCGGCCGGGCCAAUGAGAGGCGAGAGGAGGGGAGCGGGAAGCCGAGCGCGCUGGGCCGCGGCCCUCCUACCGCGCCCGUAGCCGCAGCGCCGAACGCCAAGUUUUGCGCCCCGAGACUUUGCGCCGCGUCUCGUCCUCUGGCUCGCAGCUCGGUCCGCGGGAGCCCGGCGGCCGCGCGCUGCCCUCGGGACGGCCGCCCGCGCGCACUCGGGCGGGAGGACGCCGAGCCGGGGGCCGGGGCUGGGGGCGGCUCCUCCCGAAGAUGCAGGAUGGCAGCGGAGCCGCGGUCCAGCCUGUCCUACCGCACCACGGGCUCCACCUGUCUGCACCCGCUCAGCGAGCUCCUGGGCAUCCCGCUGGACCAGGUGAAUUUUGUGGCCUGCCAGCUCUUCGCUUUGUGCGCAGCUUUCUGGUUCCGCCUCUACCUGAGUCCCGGGAAAACCAGUCCUGAUGUCCGGCAUGCAUUUGCCACCAUUUUUGGCGUCUAUUUUGUCAUCUUUUGUUUUGGCUGGUAUUCUGUGCAUCUAUUUGUGCUGGUGUUAAUGUGCUAUGGAAUCAUGGUCACUGCAAGCAUAUCCAAUAUUCACAGAUACUCCUUUUUUGUAGCAAUGGGCUACCUUACAGUCUGCCACAUCAGUCGAAUCUACAUCUUCCACUACGGAAUUCUCACUACAGAUUUUUCUGGGCCUCUGAUGAUUGUUACUCAGAAGAUCACAACCUUGGCAUUCCAAGUUCAUGACGGACUAGGUCGAAGGGCUGAAGAUCUUUCCAGCGAGCAACAUCGACUUGCUGUAAAAGCAAAACCCUCCUUUUUGGAAUAUGUGAGCUACCUUCUCAACUUCAUGAGCAUCAUAGCAGGCCCUUGUAACAAUUUCAAGGACUAUAUAGCCUUCAUUGAGGGGAGACACACACACAUGAAGUUGCUGGAAGUGAACUGGAAGGAAAAAGGCUUCCACAGUCUGCCAGAACCUUCUCCCACUGGAGCCGUGAUGCACAAACUGUGCAUGACCUUGGUAUCUCUCCUUUUGUUUCUCACGCUGACGAAGACCUUCCCUGUCACCUCCCUGGUUGACGACUGGUUUGUUCAUGAAGCAAACUUUCUGACCCGACUCUGCUACUUAUAUGUUGUCAUGCAAGCCUCCAAGCCCAAGUAUUACUUUGCCUGGACGUUAGCUGAUGCAGUGAACAAUGCAGCUGGCUUUGGGUUCAGCGGAGUGGAUAAGAAUGGAAAUUUCUCUUGGGAUCUGCUUUCUAACCUAAACAUCUGGAAAAUUGAGACUGCCACAAGUUUCAAAAUGUACGUAGAAAACUGGAAUAUUCAGACAGCUACUUGGCUAAAGCGUGUGUGCUACGAGCGGGUUCCCUGGUACCCCACCGUGCUGACCUUCAUCCUGUCUGCCUUAUGGCACGGUGUCUACCCUGGGUACUACUUCACCUUCUUAACUGGAAUCCUUGUCACUCUAGCAGCCAGAACGGUGAGGAAAAACUACAGACAUUACUUCCUUUCUUCAAAAGCCCUCAAGGUUGUUUAUGACAUAGUCACCUGGGCUGUCACGCAGCUGGCCGUCUCUUACACGGUGGCCCCCUUCGUUAUGUUGGCCGUGGAACCCACCAUCAGCUUAUACAAGUCUAUGUACUUUUACUUACACAUCAUCAGUCUCCUGAUCAUUCUAUUCCUACCAAUCAAAUCACAAGCUCAUAAUCAAAGGCGGCCUCAGACUCUGAACUCUGUUAAUAAGAAAAAAAUGGAUUGAUACCUCCACCAAAAAAAAAAAAAAAUAUGCUGAACACUUAAGACUGCAAAUCAUUGGACAGACAAGAUAAAGACUCCAGAGUUCUCCAGUGACUUAGAGGUGAUGUUUACAUGCAUUUUUUUCUUGUUUUUGUUUUUUAAGUGCAGGGAGUAUUUUUAUAAAGCCUUUUUGUACUAUUAAAUCAGCCAUGCCCAGUUGGUUUAAUAUUUUAUAGGACAUUUGGGUGGCAUGGAGGUAUGUGGAGAAAGUGCCAGCACUUGCAGAGACAGUGCAUUCUGGGCAUCUGGGUCUUUGUUUUCCUGGCAUGAUCUCCAGCCCCUGAAAUCUGAAUAUUGGGAACCUGAGUGUCUGCUUCCGAAGUGAGAUGGGGAAGCUGAGAUGACUUGUCUUCCAGAAUACACCCAAGAUGGCUGUGCCUUGGGAAGCCCCCAAUCCUUUUACUUGUGACCUUACUGUUCUCGAACACAUUAACUACACUCAGAAGACUUCCAGGGAGGAACUCUGUGAAGGGAGGUCUGCAGAAUACUGAAAACUUGGUGAGCCAAGAUCACCAACGUGAACGGACACCUGUAUGGACUUAAAAGUCAGGCAUGUGCCCUGAAGACGGCUGUGUUUUUCUUCCCCUGCCCCUGAGGGAUGUAACCCUUCUUUCUUCUGCAAUGAGCCAAGAUUGAAAAUCAGAAAGUCUCCUGUCCAGGUACAAAGAGGUCUCAGAGGGGUUACAGUUCCCCAUUGCACAAGUACAUGCCUUCCACUUGCCCACACGUGGUCCUGAGAAAACACCCAAAUUUCACACCAUGAAGGCAGGAGGAUACCUUUUUAUAAUUUUUUUUUUAAAUAAAGUUACACUGAAGUUUGGGAAGAAGAGGCAGACAUUUCUCUUCUCUUCCCUCACAUCUUGGGAGUGUUCAUGAUCAUAGCCAUGGUGUUCACUUGGGCUGGUUUCCAUUUUUAAGUUUCAUAGCUGAUUAAAUUUGCAUUGUUUGAGUUGAAUCAUCCUGCCUGAAAGCAGAGAUUAAAAAUGGUUUUCUUUUCUGUCUUUGUCA